AUGAGAAGUUCUUCUCCCGAAAACUCUGAAACCGAGCGGAGAAGUGCAACCGUGUGCCUCUUAUGCAGACAACGCAAGACGAAAUGUGAUCGCGUCUUACCACGAUGUGGGUUCUGUGUCAAGGCCAAAGCAGAGUGCCAAUAUGCGACAAGGCCAAAGAAACGAGGCCUUCGGGCUGGCUAUGUUUCUGAGUUAGAGACUCGAAUCGAAUCACUUGAGAAACAACUCGCUAGCAUCAAGCAACAAGAGCAACAGCAACAGCAACAGCGGCCACCGUCACUCGAGUUCGCAGCCGCAGCCAUGCCAGCAUCGACACCAACGUUGACACCGACAUCGAUACAAGUUUCACUGGCGACACCGACUCCUGAUUUGACGCACAUGACACCCACGUCAGCCGGAGCAACAGCUGCACCACAACCACCCUUUGCGUCCCCAGCCGUCUCGAUACCUAGCUCGGUCCGACAUCAGCUGUACAAACACAGCGACUCUGACGCCGCGGUGGCUGACCUCUCAACCUUCCCACACGAGUACAUGCACACUCUAGUUGACCUCUGGUUCAAAGAGAGCCAACCGUGGGUUCCGAUCCUGAGUCGGAACUACAUCCAAGCAGCGCUGGAAGACCUACCUCAUCCGCUGACGUAUAUUCCCGACGUGGUCUUGAAGGCCGUGAUAGCCCUCCAGGUCAAUUAUUCCAGCCAAGCAAUCUGUCUAGGUUAUCACGGGAGAUACCGACUCUCUCAACACCUACGCUCAGAAGUGAUCAAUGAAGCAUUCUCGAAACCGUCACUCACCUCCCUCCAAGCUCUCCUGAUCAUCGCCAUUCUCGAUUACGGAAGCGACAACAUCCCCAGCACAUUCUCCCUCCUGUCCGUCUGCAGACGCAUGUGCGAGAACAUCGGUCUGUUUCGCAAACUCCUCAACCAGAUGGCUCUGCAGGCGCCGGCCCAGAUCGGACCCCCCGCAGUGGGCUCGAACACGGGUGACGAGCUGGCGAUACCGUUGACGUGGGCGACGGUCGCCAUGGACUCGGUUGCGACGCUGGGGGUCUCAUGGCGCGACGUGUCCGCCGCACUGGUCGACCACUUGGCCAGCGUGGCGUCCGUUUCUACACCCGACCUUCGAGACAGCUUCAAGACGCACACGCACCUGUGCGCCAUCGGACUCCAACCCUUGCACGCCUUCAUCCACGAGCACGAGAAGGGCAUGUAUGACGGACGCAUGGCCGAUGCGUAUGCCACGUGUGACGAAUUUUACAACAACCUGAUGUCCUAUGUGCGGAGUCAGAACAGUACGCACUACACACUCCUCGCGGACGGACUGAUCGACUUCGACCCGAAUCUCGUGCUGACGGUGAUACUGGCUCACUCCAGUGUGGUUCUAGCGUACUCGCGUCUGGUCGAGUUUCCCGUACAGGGACAGCCCGUCAGCGAUGGGGCCGGGGUGCCGCUUCAGAGGUGUCUCCAGGCGUGCGAGGACAUUGUCGUCGCGCUGCGGAGUAUUUCCGACGCCGACGCCGAGUUCAGUUCGCCUCUGCUGGUCAGUGUGUUGUUUUGCGCCGUCAGGUUUAAACUCAUCGCCUACCGAGCCAUGGGCGAGAGUCGAGAGCCCAUGUUCGACGGGCUCAUGCAUUCCAUCAACAUGUGCGGGAGACGUUGGGCGGUCGCGAGAAGGCAUGACAUUGUGCUACGUGCGGCCAUUGUGGAAUUGGAUUGGGCCGUUGGACUGGCCAACAUAGGCGCCAAGGGAAUGCCGGCGCAAGUGCCUGCUAGUUUUUGGGAUGUAAGAAAGACUCACUCGGAUAUUUCGGAGGAGCUGAAGGAGUGGGUGGAUGGGUACAAGCCUGCAUUGCAUGUUGGUGCAUUGAAUGGACCGUAUGAAUGGGUUUCAUCUUCUUCUUUAACAACAAGUAUUGGCCGUUGA